UAAAUAUAUUUAAUGUGUUAUAAUGCAGGAUUGGGAAGAAAAUAUCGUCGAUCAUCGCGGCCACUUGCAUGGGUAGGAUGUCUUCGAAAACAUUACGUAUGAGUGACAGGAUUGCAACGCAAUUGUGAAUAUAUAAGUGACUUCAGAGAGGCAAAGCGGAAAUAUACUACAUUUCACCAUGACCGAUUUAGUCAACCGCCUUGCUGCUACGAAAGACAAACUUGCCGAAGAUUCGGCAACCAAACCUGGGUCCAGCAAGAAAGAUCAGAUUCUCGAACAGGAAAACCGUACACAGGACCAAGAACCUGGCCAUGUUCUUGCUACACCCACAGGUGUUAAGAUAGACCAUACAGACGAUACACUCAAGGCUGGAGAACGUGGUCCUACCUUGAUGGAAGACUUCCAUUUCCGUUAUUCUAUCACUCAAUUUGACCAUGAACGCAUUCCUGAGCGAGUUGUUCAUGCUAGAGGGUCUGGCGCUCAUGGAUACUUUGAACUCUUUGAAUCUCAAGCAGAAUUUACCAGCGCCAAAGUAUUGAAUGAUACUUCUCGUAAGACUCCAGUUUUUGUUCGCUUUAGUACCGUUCAAGGAUCUCGAGGUUCAGCCGACACUGUACGCGACGUUCGUGGAUUUGCUGUCAAGUUUUACACCGACGAAGGAAAUUGGGAUCUUGUUGGUAACAACAUUCCAGUCUUCUUCAUUCAAGAUGCAAUCAAGUUCCCCGAUUUGGUUCACUCGCUCAAGCCUGAACCUCAUAACGAAAUCCCUCAGGGCCAGACAGCUCACGACAACUUUUGGGACUUCGCUUCUCUGAUGCCUGAAUCAACACAUAUGUUGAUGUGGAUUUUAUCCGAUCGUACUAUCCCAAGAAGUUAUCGAAUGAUGCAAGGCUUUGGCGUCAAUACCUACAUCUUAAUCAAUGAAAAGAUGGAACGCCACUUUGUCAAGUUCCACUGGAAGCCUGUAUUGGGUACACACAGUCUUGUGUGGGAUGAAGCUCAAAAGCUUGGUGGACAAGAUCCUGAUUAUCAUCGAAGAGAUUUGUGGGAAGCCAUUGAGUCUGGAAACUAUCCUCAGUAUGAUUUUGGUAUCCAGAUUGUCGCAGAAAAGGACGAACAUAACUUCGACUUCGAUCUUCUUGACUGUACCAAGCUUAUCCCUGAGGAACAAGUCCCCGUUCGUUGGAUUGGUCGAAUGACAUUGGACCGCAAUCCAGACAACUUUUUUGCUGAAACCGAACAGGUGGCCUUCUGUACGCAACACGUUGUUCCUGGUAUUGGAUUUAGCAAUGAUCCAAUGUUACAAGGCCGUAACUUCUCUUAUUUGGACACUCAGUUGAAUCGAUUCAACGGUCCCAAUUUCAAUGAAGUCCCAAUCAACAAGCCGAUCUGUCCCUUCUUCAACAACCUGCGCGAUGGCUUCAAUCGUCAGCGUAUCAACAAGGGAAAAGUCAAUUAUUGGCCAAACCGCUACGUAAAUCCCAGACCUGCUGCAGAGGAGGAUCAUCCGUAUAUGCAUUUCCCAGAAAAGACCGAAGGUUUGAAGACACGAUUACGUGCUCCAAAGUUCAAGGAACAUUACAAACAAGCCACCAUGUUUUGGAAUUCCAUGUCAGACGUUGAGAAGGAUCACUUGGUUGCCGCCGCAAGAUUUGAGCUUGGAAGAGUCGACGAUCUUAGGAUUCAAACUCGUCAAGUCGAAAACUUCCUGAACGUUGACCACGAGUUUGCUAAGCGCGUAGCUGAUGGUCUUGGCAUCAAGAUUCCAUCCGAGGCUGCCGUGCAGAACCAUGGCCGACAAUCCCCUGCCCUUAGUCAGUUGAACACAGUCUUUGGUUCACCUGCUACAAGAAAGGUAGCAUUCAUUGUUGCCGAUGGAUAUGAUAGCACCCAACUUUUGGAACUUCGAGGAGCCGUCAAAGCAGCCGGCGCCAUGACCUUUAUCAUUGGGCCAAGAAGAGGAAAAAUCAAGAGUUCCAAACAAAUGGAAAACCCUGAGGAAGAAGAGCCGGAGGGAACUUCACCUGAGACAUCUGACUAUGGCAUUUACGCUGACUUCUCCUUGUUUACUGCAAAGUCCACCUUAUUCGAUGCCAUCAUCGUACCUGGCGGAGCUCAGAGCAUCAAUACUCUGAAGAAUAAUGGAGAAGCUUUCCAAUGGAUCAAUGAAGCCUAUAAGCACUUUAAGACUAUCGGUGCUGUUAGCGACGGUGUUGCGCUCUUACGCGAGUCUGCAAUCCCUCCCUCGCUCAUUUCUAUUGAUGAAGCUAUUACUUCAGAAAAAGGUGUUGUGACAGCCGGCGUAUACUCUGCUUCUAAGGAAUCCGAAUCGAUUGUUGGAAGCGCCAUUGAGGCUGUCAAAAGCGUUGGUAAAACUGGCAACUUUGCAAAGUCAUUUAUCGAAGCCGUCGGACAGCACCGACAUUGGGACAGAGAUUGCACCAAUAAAAACGUUCUCUAAUCACAACCUAUUGCCUGGAAACCUGUUCAGAAUGCCUCGAUGGAAACACUGUUAAACUGAUUUUUGAAAAGAAAAAAUUUAAAC